UGCUUGGCAGUUACAACCUUGCGACAGGUGUAUUCGACACAUAUUUUAUUUUGUGAAACGAAAGUAAUUUUUUAAAUUUAUAAAUAUUUUAAAAUACAUUAAAAACGAUAUAAAAACAACGAAAUCAAAAUGAAAUUGAUGAAAAAUAGCACUUAUUACCUGACAGUUAUAUUGAUUGUGCUGGCUUGUUGCUCGCAGGAAACGGAUGCCGUCCGUCGUGUCCUUAGAGGCCGUAGAACUCUAACCCGACAAUAUUACACUGGACUUCCAAUACCCGGAUGGGCGUUGAUAUUAAUUUUGGCUAUUGUUGAACUCGCAUUGGGCGCCAUUUUGUACUUUGCCAUGCGAAAAGUUAUUCUUUCGUCUUCUGUCGAACAUACGAAUACAUACGCCCCGGCAAUGACGGAUGAAGUCUAAAAAUGUGAUGCGAUGCGAUGCGAGCGAAUGUAUGAAUGGAAAAAGAUGUGUUUUCAUUCUUUAUUUUGUUUUUAUUUUAAUAUUAUUAUAGACAGCCGAGCCGGGACGAGGAAAAGCAACAAAAUAAAAAAAAGAAUUAAAUUUAAAUUAGAAAAAUAAACUUUUAUAAAAGUUGUAGCUUGUUUCUCCUAGAGACUUCUAAUUAAAAUAA